UCUCUUAUUCAACUUCCUCUUUUAUUCAACUAAUAGACAAUAACAUACCGAAAGCUGCGCCUAUUACUACGUUUAUUUCGAGUUAUAAAAAUCUAUUCUAAAAAAAGCUUGUAUUGAAAACAUUUUGCGUUUUAAUUUACAUGCCAGUAAAUUAUGCUACAAUUGCUGUUACGCUAUUUUGAAAUCGUAAAGCCAGACAUCUUAAAAUUCCAUAAAACCCGAAAACAAUUCAAAAUAUUUGUCGUUUUAAAAUACUCCUAAUAUUUCUAGGAAAUAAUUUGAAGCUGGCAAUUUAGCGUGCCAGUAAUGGCCGAUUAGUCAGCUGUUAGAAAUUCUCGAUUUCCGUUUUUAGAGAAGCUUCGGUAAACAGACCUUGAAAAACGUACAGUUAAACAUUAGCCACAAACACCAAAACGUUAUAUUAAUCGAAAAAUGUCUCGUUUAUAGAAAGGAAAGUAAUAAUAUUUUAUACUAAAAAUUAUGACCUUUAAAUAGGAUAGGUUAUGAAAAAUUUAUGUGGGGUUGAAUCUGUACCGUCUGUCCAUCUCGUGGUUUGUCGGUCUUCUGACUGAAACACAAAAGCCAUGAGUUCAAAUGUCGAUGAAAAACGAGUACUUAGCUGAAAGAUGGCUAUAUGUGAUAAAGCAACAUGAAGGGACGUAAUCACACCACACGACACGUAUUGUUGUCUGAUUUGGACCUAACAAAUAGUUCCAGUUUUUUAAUCCUAUUACGUACUAUUAUUGACUAUUAAUAUUACUAUUAUUAAUUAGUACCGGAUACUAUUAUUAACUACAGGAUCUUUUUAGUACGCAACAAACAUGAUUAUCACCACGCACGGUUUAGAACCUAGAUUAUUUCGUGUACCCCUGGGUUUAGUAGGCAAAUACGGUGCCACUGAACCAUCAUAAAGACGUUCAGUUCGCCCGCGCUUUAUGCAUAUAGUAUGUACACUGUUAUUUUUUGUCAGCUUCUUGGUGAUAUUAUCAUCAUGCUAAUACUUGGUUCAUUACAGUCGAACACUCCACUGUGUCCUUCGAAAAUUACAUGAUAUCGUGACAACCUCUGUGUAAUAUUUAAGUGAACUGCAAACGAGAAUUCAGGCCAUCUCUACUGUUCGGAUGACCAUCCACAAAGUGCCUGCCGGCAGGAUGUCGUUCCAGGCACGUAAGGAUGGAGGACCUAAUGUCAAGUUUUUUGAGUCUGCUGACACUGUUCAACAAUUCGAAGCAGUGAAACAAUGGCUGGUAAAACAAUGUAAAAAAUAUACUCAAGCAGAGCCACCGACAGCUAAGAGUCUCGCCCAACUCACCGUGCAAAUGUGGCAGUUUCAGGAAGAUGCCCUUGGAAAAAACUCAGCUAAGCCCAGGCCUCUAGCUCGUCUUCCUGUGCGUGUGUUCCUGGAUCUGAAAUCUGGUGGAGCUCUUUGUCAUCUGUUAGCUGCUGCAUAUAAAUUCAAAGCCGAGCAGGGAUGGCGUCGAUUCGAUUUUGGAUCUACAAAUCGUCACGAGAAGAACAUAGAAUUCUUCCAUAUGGCUGACAGAACACUGGAAUCACAGAGACUACUUGAUAGGCCGACCGUAUUUGUGCAGGAUGCCAAACUAAAGGAAAUUGUCCGAAAACUGGGUGGUGAGUUGACAAGUUCUGAGGACGAUGCGACACACAUUGUUCGUGGUCCAGCAACUCAGCCGGAAGACGCAUCCGAGACCUGGGUACGGGCCGCUCAGAGAAAGGAUAACCAGGUUCUAGUUCAUUUUUGUCAGACUCCCGACUCAUACGACUGUUGGACCGAGGUUGAGGCAGAAUCCAUGGAACUGUCUCCAAGACCCGCCGAAGGUCAGACUUAUGAGGUAACGACGCAAUGGCUUCUCGAUUCGGAAAUAUACAAUGAAUGGAUGAACCCAGAAGAUUAUGAUAUUGACCAAGAGAACAGACGCAGGUGCACAAUUGAUGAAUUAUUGUGUGGUAAAAGAAAAAAGUCGGCAGCCGGUAAAAAGCGCGGUCGCAGUCCGUCGCCGCUUGGAAGCAAAAAAUCUCGAAAAAGCAAGGGUGGAAGAAAAGAUGACCUUACCAAGGAUAUGGAAGAUCCGUCUCCUGAACCUGCUCUUGAGAAAGUCGAGGACGGUGGGCUACCGCCCAAAAGCCUAAACCUUGCAGAACUGGUACCGGAGAAAAAAGUCAUGCCGGAGGAUAUAGCAACAGAGCAAGCAAACCAUAUUAUAGUGCCCUCUUAUACAGCAUGGUUCGAUUACACAGCUAUUCACGCAAUUGAACGUAGGGCCCUGCCAGAAUUCUUUAACGGCAAAAAUCGUUCAAAAACCCCCGAAAUAUUUAUGGCAUACAGAAAUUUCAUGAUCGACACGUACCGCUUAAAUCCUACGGAAUAUUUGACAGUAACAGCGUGCCGACGAAACUUAGCAGGAGACGUGUGCGCUGUACUUCGAGUUCACGCAUUUCUCGAGCAAUGGGGACUAAUUAACUACCAAGUAGAUGCGGAUUCUCGACCCACCCCGAUGGGGCCACCGUCAACAGCGCAUUUCCAUGUACUUGUUGAUACGCCAUCCGGGCUUCAGACAUUAAACCCACCACGCGUUAAUCAGCCUCAAAGCGCGGCCACGUUUGGUUCAAGUGCGACUGGGGCGAGUGCAACUGCCAGUGGAAAUGGCGGCGCAGGUAGCGGCAGCAAUUCAUCUACUUCUCUAAUGGUUAAUCUGGAAGCUAUUAAAAACGAUAAUUCAAAUGACUCCACCUCGGGCGGCAGCAAGGAUGGCAGCAAGGCAGCAGUUGCAUCAGUCAGCGAUAAGGACGCGAAGGACAAGGAUAAUAAAGAGAACAGUCCAGUAGCCACAAAAACAGAAGCUGGUGCCGGUACUGGAGUCCAGACUAUUGGGGAUAUGCUCGCCCUGAAAAGUGAUCAGUAUUCGAACGCAGCCAAAAAGGCCGCACUCGCUAAACAGAAGACCAAUAGAGAUUGGACGGAACAGGAAACAUUGCUACUUCUUGAAGGAUUAGAAAUGUAUAAAGAUGACUGGAAUAAGGUUUGUGAGCAUGUGGGCAGUCGUACGCAAGAUGAGUGCAUACUGCAGUUCCUAAGACUUCCUAUAGAGGACCCCUAUCUGGAAGGGGACGACGGUGGUGCUCUUGGUCCCCUCGCCUACCAACCAAUACCCUUUUCUAAGGCCGGAAACCCCAUUAUGUCAACGGUGGCUUUCUUGGCAUCUGUCGUUGAUCCACGCGUCGCUAGUUCGGCGGCCAAAGCGGCAAUGGAAGAAUUCGCCAAAAUCAAAGAUGAGGUGCCUUCAUCUCUUGUAGAGCAACAUCUGACCAACGUGAUUGAUAAGGCCGUGACGGAGAACAAAGAGCCUGUAGUCGACGGAGAGCUCGAUCGUAGCGGUAUUGCUGGUACAGAGAAAGAAGCCGCGAAGGAACCCAACAGUAAAGAUGAGGAGCCAAUGGAUACAUCCGAACGGAAAGAAAAUCACAAUGCCGAGGACGCAAACGAUAAAGAAGACACACACGACAACGAUGAUGAACGCAAGAAAGCUCACAAGGAGAAGCUUAAGGCUGAUGCUCAACUUUCUGCAGCUGCCGCCGCUGCUCUGGGCGCAGCUGCUGUAAAAGCAAAACAUCUAGCAGCUGUUGAGGAACGAAAGAUCAAGUCGCUAGUAGCGCUGCUUGUUGAAACCCAGAUGAAAAAAUUAGAGAUUAAGCUGCGUCACUUUGAAGAACUUGAGGCGAUCAUGGACAAGGAACGAGAAACUUUAGAAUAUCAACGACAGCAACUUAUACAAGAGCGUCAGCAGUUCCAUCUUGAACAACUGCGAGCUGCGGAGUUCCGGGCCCGUCAGCAAGCCCACGCCAUGAUGAUGGCUCAACAAAACCAGAACAACGCUCCUGGGGGAGGAAACGCUGCAUCUGGUAAUGGAGGAGGAAAUGUUAGGCCUAAUACCGUGUCCGGUCCCUCUUCCGGGAGUGGCACGGGUAGCGGUUCUAAUGGUAGCAGUCCAGCCCCCGCUACAGGCAGUGGUGUGUUGUUGAGCGCCAGUGGGGGAGGUUCUCCUGGGCCUAUUCAGGGUCAACAAAGUAAUCCUGUCGGAGCAUCUUUGAGUAACACUCCACCAUUGCAACAACACCAGCAGCAGCAGCCGCCACAGCAGCAACAGCAACCACAGCCCCAAGGACAAUUAGCUGCUUCUAGAGCUCCGGAAUCGUCUACACAGCCGCCAGUUACUACUAGUACAGCUGCAGGUAACCAGGAAUAAAGGGAUUUCCUUUAUGGUAGCAUCGCCUGUAAAAGACGGUUAACUUUUUUAUGGUAAGAUUGAGUCUAUUCAUAAAGAAGCGGUUUCUGCCUUUGCAGAAAAACUACCAGUUUCUUUCGACCUAUACCUGGUACGCAAACUGUUUUGUUUGAUUCUCGAAAUUAUAUUGGACGUACAUGCAGUUGCUCACAAUAGUUUGUCAUAUUUUUUCUGAUAGGCAUACGUAUAUUAGGGACUGCGUUUUUUUGUAUGAUCCCGAAGGUCUCCAAUGAUCUUGGAGGUAUUAGCUUAAAUUCGUAUUGUACGGUUGUAUACAAAUAUAUAAUAUGCAAGAUGGGCACUGCGCACUGAAGGUGACUUGUGAAAAUUAUAUAUACAUAUAGUUAUAUAAAACUUAACUGUACGUAUAAAUUAUACGUAUAAUAAUAAUUGAACGACCGCCAAUUUUGAAAUAUACAUAUAUAUUUUUCCUUUUUUCUCGUGAUUUUUUUUAUUAGUAUUGUACGUGGUUACCAAGACAAGUUAGUACGGAUUCAGUGGAAUCGAGUUGGGUUUGUAAAAAGUCGGCGGCGAUACCUUCAUCCUAUCUUUUUGAUUAUUUUUAACUUAUCUCAUACACAAUACAUGCUGACGCGAUACAGAAUAAACAAUCUGACAAAGAUAGAAUAUUACGAGUACUUAUUCAGCUGCAGUUAGAAUAUAGCAAUAAUAGUGCAGUCGGAUUUAGCAAAAGGUCCUUUUGUAUUGAAAAAGAAAUUUAGGUGUGAAAGUCUAUCAGUGGUCGACUCCACAUUUAAUGAGAAAAAUCUUAUGUAGUUUGGUUAUUAAAAAUCUAUUCAAUAAUAUUAUAACACGCUGUAAUUCUCAACAAAGGAUUACAAACUGUAUUACAGAUUAGCGGUGGGUAUUGCGGUUUGUAGAUCAAGCAAAAAAAACCAUUGAUUACUGCGUGUCUUGCAGUAGCUUUCGCUAGAAUACUUUCAACGCUGCGGAUAUUUUUUUGAACUCCAUCGGAGAGGCGCUCUGCUUUAUUAUCAUUUAAGCUUAUUUAUUAAAGCAUUUUCCCAUUGUUUUUCCCAAUUAAUUGAAAUAUACCGUCAUACUCUACGCCAUGUGUUAUGAUAUUACACCAACAGGCCACUUAUUUUUUAUGUGAAUUUUUCUGCUUUUUUGUGAUCAUAGCCUUUUUUCUUGUUAAACCUGUGUUCCUUGUUAAAUGAAUAUUAGAUGGUGAAAAACGUGUUGUCUAUAGAAUUGUGUGUACAAUCUUUAAAAGUAAAUUUUGCUUUUCACCUGUUAGUUUACUUUAGUAACUUUAGUCACAAACAUACUAUGAUCCUCAUUAAAUGUCUUAAUUUUUUAUAUAUGGGCUAUAAUGCUAAAUAAAUAAGAUAUUGAAAGGUCGAUGAUAGCAUAUUGUUUUUGAAGCCUCUGCUAAAUGGAGGCACAACGUUAAGUGGAUAAUGGUUUAGAACUUCUGAAAUAUAAAUCCACAGGUGUACAACAAAGAAUAUAUCUUUUUUCGAUAUCCUCUUCCAUACUACUGCUAAAACCAUUAUCUUUUCCAUUAAUAAGAACUGCAAGCCUUAUGUAAAGCGCAAGAGCAGCGAAAUUUUGUAAAUCACCUGUUGACCACAUCCCAAAAUAAUUUUAUUUCAGGUGGAGCACCUCUAUAUUUUUCAGUAAAGUAAAGGAAAUCUUUUUGGUUUCUUUAGUAAGGCAUAAUGUUCGCUAUUUUAUUAAAAGAAUACUUUCUACUAUCGAA